AUGAAAAGUUAACCAAACAGCAAAAAGAUAUGGUUAAAAUAAUGUUAAACGCCUCUGAUGUCGUAUUAUCUACAGUCAACAAUAUUCUUAAUGCAGUAAAAUUAGAUGAACAUAAGAUCAUUUUGAAGAAUAAGACUUUUAAUUUAUUAAAUUUAUUUGAAAGUGCAAUUGAAAUAUUUGGUGAAAGAGCUGGAAAUAAACAAGUCGAAUUAAUUUUAAGUUACGACCUAGAUACUAUGCCAAAAUACGUUAAGAGUGAUCCUGAAAGACUAAGACAGAUAUUAAUUAAUUUAUUGUCAAACUCAAUAAAAUAUACUGAAGAAGGUGAAAUUGUAAUGAAGGUUUCUUCAAAAGCAAAAGGACAUACAGACGCAGUUAAAAAAAUAGAAAUAUUAGUUGAAUUAUAUGAUACUGGUGUCGGUCCCGAUUUUAUGAAAAAUAUUUGGAAAGGUUUUUUAAAUAUUGAUGAAUCAAAAACCGAACGACAAGAUGGCACAGGAUUUGGUCUGAUUACGUGUAAACAACUAGUAGAAAUUAAUGGUGGUAAAAUAGGAGCAGAAAGCAAAUUAGGAAGAGGAAGUAGAUUUUGGUUUACAUGGAAUGUUGAAACAAUGCCAAUAACAUCUGUACCAAAAGCUUCCAAUGCUGUUGCAGAUAUAGCACAGAUGUUAAAUAGAUCAAUUAAUCUGA